AUGAAGGUUUGCAAUGACUCACCACCAUACCAGAGCAAGGUCAGGAGGCUGCUCGCAGAGUACGCGAAACCCUGCACUCGUGCGGAGGAUUACUAUGCUCCCUUCGUGAAUACCUUCAAUCACGCUUUGGAGGAGAUGAAGGAGUGCUCGCUCCCAUUGUUACGCGAGAUCGACAAGAACGAGGAUCUGGAUAUCAUGUUUCAUAGAAAUGACCCCAAGGCGCUCACCGGGAUACAUGGUGGCCUCAAGACCUUGCGCCGUCCGGACGUCGUGUUGGUCGCACACGGGUCUGCUUUCCGGGCGGCCGGGGACUCCGCACGUGUCCCCGGCAUGCACUGA